AUGGCGCGACCUCAUCCUCUCGUUGCGUUCCUUCUGUCAUUCGUUCUACUCCCUCUCGUUGUGCUCUCCAGACCAGAGUCAUCAAACAACUGGGGUGGCCGUCCCACUGCGAAGACUGACGCAGGUGUCGUUGUUGGCAUUACCGCGACGGUUUCCACUUCUAAGACGGUGUUGAACAGUUUCCUCGGUGUACCCUUCGGCGCACAGCCUGUGAGAUUCGCCGCUCCCAAACCGCCAGCGCCAUGGAAAUUACCGCGGGAUGCCUCGCAAUAUGCACCAGCGUGUAUUCAACAGUUCAACUACCCUGACCCGCGACGCACUAAAAUCCUCGAAUGGUUCAACUCUCCCCCUCCACCAGCCGGAGAAAGCGAGGACUGCCUCAACUUGAACGUGUACGUGCCCCAGCCAGUACGAAAGCCGAAGGCAGUCAUGGUGUGGCUGUAUGGAGGCGGCUUGCUUUACGGCUCGAACUCUGUGGAGAAGUACGAUGGCUCUUACCUCGCCGCAAACAACGAUGUCAUUGUGGUUGUACCGAACUAUCGCACAAACGUAUACGGCUUCUCGGGCUCCCCUCAAGUGCCAGUUACCGAGCGCAAUACGGGAUUCCUGGACCAGAGGUUAGCGCUCGACUGGGUACGACGUAAUAUUGCCGCCUUUGGUGGUGAUCCAGCCAAGGUCACCAUCUUUGGAGAAAGCGCUGGUGCUCUCAGUGUCGAUGCCUUGGUCACAGCACCACCGAAGCCACUCAACUUCUACGCGGCAAUCAUGGAGUCUGGAACCGCGACAUUUCGUGGAGUACCAGCAGAUUACUCCUCCUCGUGGAAUAUUCUGGUUGCUGCCAUGGGCUGUGGUAACUCUACGGCCGCAGACAACAAUGCCCCCGAGAUCCUUGCCUGCAUGCGAGCGGUAGACGUGGCCAAAAUCAAGGAUUAUAACGAGCACGCCCGCUUGGGCUGGGCUCCAGUCUUUGACAACGUUACCAGUAAUUAUUUAGCUCGUUCCGACCGACUGAGUUCCAAAGCAUCAUACUCUAAGAUUGCCAGAGUACCCAUCCUCGGAGGCUCCAACGCCCAUGAGGGCCGCCUGUACUCCGUCAAUGCCACGAAUGCGACUGCGUUCGUCCGGGGCCUUUUCCCAUUAGCAACGGAUGCCGAAGUCUCUGGUCUCUUGGCAGCUUAUCCUGGCUACUCGAGCAUGUUUAGGCAGCUCGCCGCGCUUUACACGGACUUUAUAUUUCAAUGUCCAGCACGGCUGGUGGCACUAGAAACUGCAAAGGCCGGCAUUCCCAGCUAUCGCUACUACUACAACGCCAGCUUUGCGAAUACCCAGAUAUUCGAGGACGCUGGGGUCUACCACGCCUCUGAGAUUGGCGUCGUGCUUGGCACAUAUCCCAAAGAGGGCUCCACAGCCUUCCAGCGCGAAUUGAGCACAUACCUGGGGAAGGUCUGGACGGACUUUGCGAAAGAUCCUUACGGCUCGGGCAGGCCGCCGUGGCCAACGGUGCCCACAGCUAUGGCAGAACUAGGUGGCGGCGUUCGUGCAGAAGAUGGGCCAGACACCAGCGGCAACCUAGUCAAUGCACUGUCCCAGCAGGAGACGGACGCGGUCGAUGCUGGUUGCGCCAAAUUCCAAGCUAUAUAUGAUUUCUUAGGCCAUUGA